AUGUCGUACAAGGAAGCAAAUGAUGUGUUGAACUACUGGUUCGGAGCAGGAGACCCUUCCAAGAGGCCCAAAUGGUUCGGAGGUGGAGAAGAGACGACUGAGGAAAUCAGAAACAAAUUUGGAGCACUAGUACGUCAUUAAAAGUAGCUAGUCCGUAAGGUGCUACCCAAAGCUUUGAGCUUACUAUGAAACUUUUGCAUGCUUGGACAGGGCUGAGGUUUGUAUUUCUGCGGAUCGCCCCUCGAUCGGUGGUUCUCUAUAUAGACAAAAGUGGCUCGGGAACAACUCAAUUAGACACUUAAUCUCGAACUUAAUCGACUGUUUCGCGAACGCCUCCACUGCCUUCCCUGCGAAAUGACGUCUGAGGAAGAACUGCAGAGAUUACAUACUGAUGACGUGUCACUACCCAAGUCUGACUGGUUGAAAGAAAUUCCCUUCGCGGUAUAUCCAAUCUGAAACACUACCUAGGUGUGGGUAAUGACACGUGUUCAAUAUGGAAUUUCUGCGCUCGUUUCUCAGAUGUCAUUUCGCUGGCAAACCAGUGGUAGUGUCGCCAAAUGUCGGCUGUUUUCUCAGAAAAUACAUAGUUCCGGAUUGAGAAUGAGAUAAUGGCGAUUGAAUGCCUUGCUUUCCCUUGACGAUGGAGACUACGAACUCAAUGCAGAUUUAACAACGCUUCAGUGUACGGUUCUGGCGGCGGAUUAGCUUUGUUCCAAACGCAAAUUUCCCAAAAGGUCUUUAGUGAUGUGCAGUUUCAGAAGAGAAAGUAGUAGUUUUUAUUUUGUCGUGGCCCUACUCAUGAAACCCACGCGAACACCAACGCCUGUAACUAUAAUAUAGCUAGACAGAUCGCCAUGGCCAUCUGUUUAAUAUUUGCACUUUUAAUUUUAAGAAGAUGAGUAGGUUAGACCAUCACUGACUUCAGUCACUGUCGUCAGUGAUUGUAUAUUGAAAUAUACAAUUUUUGACGUCAUGAAAGACAGCGGAGGGGUAUUAUCCACUCCUGUUUUGAUCUGCGUAAUUCUUCAUAUCACACUCAGCCUCAAUCCAUAAUCUUCAGCUUUUGAUAUCAUUAAAAACUAAUGGCAUUUUUAUACGUUUUGUAGGUAGAGAAAGCGAGAAACGAUGAACUGACGCACUGGGAGAAUGAUCCUAAGGCUACACUGGCGUUAAUCCUCUUGCAAGAUCAAUUCAUGCGCAGCCUUUACAAGGUUAGAACAAGCUAAGGUGAAGAUAAUAAAUAAUUUUUUUUAUAAUUCCAAAAUGCGUGUCACCUACUAGAGAUGCUUUUGAAAGCUUCCGCAGAGCUGGUCUCCUACGUCACACAACGCUUCUCCCCAAAUCAUCCUUUCGAAACAAAGAACGGGUGCGUGUUGCCCCUUGUAAGAGAAUCCGCAUUCCGAAAUCCGGCAGAUUUUUGCUUGUGGAAUUGAGAAUCUUGAAAAGCUUUGCAUGUGGAAUCCGGAAUCCUUGCCCCGGUUGUUCAAAAGUUGGAUAGCGCCAUCCACCGGAUAAAUUGCUAUCCAGUGGAUAAGUAUUAUGAAAUCCAAUUGCUAUCCACCCUUUGAACAACUGGACCGUGGGCUUUAGAAUCCGGAAUACAGCUCAUGAAAUCCAGAAUCCCACGAAUGAUUGGAAUUCGGUUAAGUUCCACUGAUAAAGAAUCCAGAAUCCAGCAUCUGAAAUCCAGUCCAGAAUCCAAAACUGUCUUGGAUUGCUUUACAUAGGGCGCUGCGAUAGGAAAUUACUGGAGGACAAGUACAGCUUCGAUUCUUUUUCAGGCUGUGGUCUUUUAUACUAGGUACAAGGGGACGAACUUUGCAAAAUCAACUUGUCAACUACUUGAGCAAGCCCUCGUACAAGUGGCAUUAAAUUUUUGAUGAUAAUACCCCUAACAUUCUUUUUCUUCCUAAAGUUAACCGCUAUUGGUUCUAACUUAAUUGUAGGGCCGUCCUGAAUUUACCUGCAAAGAUCCAUACUGUGUAAAGCUUGCACGGAAGGUAAAUUAUAUUCAGCUGGGUCCUGAUUUAUUUUUAAAGAAGUAUGAACUUCCCCUCGGCGUUUCACGCGCAAAAAGAACUGUACUUCUCCCUCCACAGUUCAACCUUCUGCCAUUCUUUGAACCCGCCUACGACAUCUUCUACCUGGAGUCUCGACUAGCGCGACUAGAGUUAGCGUGAAGUUUCCCCUCCUGAGCAAUGACCCAACCAACAAGAAAAAAGGAAAGAAAGAAAGUCUAGCUGGAGUCAGGCAAGAAUUGAUAUUACUUUCUGAUCUCAGAUCUGUUUUCGAAAGCCAAAUCGCGAUUGGUUUGUUGUCUAGAGGCAUUGCAUUUACUAAAGCUCUGAGUAAUGAAGAGAUCAUCUUACGGGACGUUUUCUUGUGCUUAGCCUGCAAUCCGCCAUAUUAUGCUUCGCUCUAAAUUUUUUUUUUUUUUUUUGAUCCUCUGAGUUUCCUGUACGGCUUGGCUAGUCAAAAUGAGUGAUCACUUUGAUUUUUGUGUUGAUACUGUUUAUUAUUUACUAUUUCCUUCAUAUAGAUAUUUGCGCGCUAUAAAUUUUUAAAUUGUUAUUAUUAUUAUACUGGAAAUGGUCUCCAGCAUAACUAAUCAUACCUGUUUUCGCUCUGUUUUUUUUCUUUUUUAAGUUCAUGCAACGGGAGAGUCACGAUCACUUAAAGUUUAGUGCGGCCGGACGAGCUUUCCUGUACCUUCCUUUUGAACACAGUGAGGAUAGAGAAUGUCAGGUAUAACCUAGUGACUUUUUGUACCAAUUUAGUACGUUAGCAGUGCAUGAAUUUCAUAUAUUUGAAACGUGGAGUGCCUAGCUCUCAGUAAGUUGCGCUCACUUGAUGCCGGUUACAUUUUGCCCUUCCUGUCGUCGGGCGUUGUUAUCGAACUAUACGCCCGAGUGUCGUGACUUUCUGCAAAGCACGAGACUAACGAGACUUUUGCAGUCCUUGUGACUGUCUAGCAGCAGAUGACAAUAGUCGAUCCAUUCACUGGUAUAUGUCGUACCUGUGCGUUGAUAACUGGCGCUAUCGUUUAUAAGUAAAUUCCAACUAGUGGUCUAUUAUCAAUGCUGCGUUCUUAUUGGUUGAGCUACUACUAGACUAUAUGUUAUAGCCCACUAGUAGCGAAAAGCGCUGGCUUUGAAAACCAAAACAGUGGCGACUGAAUCACGUUUUGCUAGCCCUCAUGGCCUCUGAGUAAAUAGCCCAUUCGGGCUCGAGGAAUAAUUGUUAAAUGAUCCGGUCUAGCAGCCACUUUGACUUGAGCGACUGAAUGACGUCUUGUAUUCGUACACUCGCCUCGUUUGCAGUCCUUAUAGCCUGUUCCAGGCGUUCAGAUAGAGGAGAAUGGCGCGAAAUGGAGAACACUGCAGGCAAAACAGCGGAAGAACAGAAGAGGUAGGAAGGAGAGCACUAUCAAUCGUUCUCCCUCUCUCAGUCUCCUCCAGGUCUACUCAAGAUCCGGCUGACCUCACUGGUUUGUUGCGGUGAUUUUGUCUUUUCUUUCCCUUCCCCAACCCCUCGCUGUUUUUUCCUGCUCUCUUUUCUUUGCGCCGUCCACACUAUCUGAUCACUUGGAACAGGUUACAGUUUCUUAUGUUCAAAACUGUUNUUAGUGCGGCCGGACGAGCUUUCCUGUACCUUCCUUUUGAACACAGUGAGGAUAGAGAAUGUCAGGUAUAACCUAGUGACUUUUUGUACCAAUUUAGUACGUUAGCAGUGCAUGAAUUUCAUAUAUUUGAAACGUGGAGUGCCUAGCUCUCAGUAAGUUGCGCUCACUUGAUGCCGGUUACAUUUUGCCCUUCCUGUCGUCGGGCGUUGUUAUCGAACUAUACGCCCGAGUGUCGUGACUUUCUGCAAAGCACGAGACUAACGAGACUUUUGCAGUCCUUGUGACUGUCUAGCAGCAGAUGACAAUAGUCGACCCAUUCACUGGUAUAUGUCGUACCUGUGCGUUGAUAACUGGCGCUAUCGUUUAUAAGUAAAUUCCAACUAGUGGUCUAUUAUCAAUGCUGCGUUCUGAUUGGUUGAGCUACUACUAGACUAUAUGUUAUAGCCCACUAGUAGCGAAAAGCGCUGGCUUUGAAAACCAAAACAGUGGCGACUGAAUCACGUUUUGCUAGCCCUCAUGGCCUCUGAGUAAAUAGCCCAUUCGGGCUCGAGGAAUAAUUGUUAAAUGAUCCGGUCUAGCAGCCACUUUGACUUGAGCGACUGAAUGACGUCUUGUAUUCGUACACUCGCCUCGUUUGCAGUCCUUAUAGCCUGUUCCAGGCGUUCAGAUAGAGGAGAAUGGCGCGAAAUGGAGAACACUGCAGGCAAAACAGCGGAAGAACAGAAGAGGUAGGAAGGAGAGCACUAUCAAUCGUUCUCCCUCUCUCAGUCUCCUCCAGGUCUACUCAAGAUCCGGCUGACCUCACUGGUUUGUUGCGGUGAUUUUGUCUUUUCUUUCCCUUCCCCAACCCCUCGCUGUUUUUUCCUGCUCUCUUUUCUUUGCGCCGUCCACACUAUCUGAUCACUUGGAACAGGUUACAGUUUCUUAUGUUCAAAACUGUUGUUUUUUUUUUUACUUUUCUUUUAUUUUUAUCAAUUUCGUUUUCUUAAUAGAGUGAUUUUACUUAACCCGUGAAAUAGAUAGUACACUACUACGCUAUAUUACACUCUAAUUUCACUGUUUUCUUUUUUUAUAUUUUUUAGGUUUCUGGCAGUGAUUUUUUAGAUACUGUUUCACGGGUUAAUUUAAUUCACUCCAUUUAGCGCUUAUUGUCUUUAUUGUUAUAUUUUAUGUAGGAGUUAAGCGUUAAGCUUUACGCACAGUUGGAAGAAGACACUAAAGGCACAGACCACGAGACUUACGGAAAGCAGUGGUAUAGGUUUGCAUGUCUCCAUAAGGUGUGUAUGAUACUGGGAUCGGUUGUUCAAAAGCCGGAUAGCAAUGGUUCUAGCCUCCACAGGAUAAUUCGCUAUCUAAUGAAUACUAAGCGUUCGUGGCAACUAUGGUGAAAAGUCAAUGUUGAUAGAUUAAGUGCACUAAGCUGAUCGAAGCUGAUCCUGAUAAUAAGCGAGCAAGAAAUCCAGCUAGAACGGAGCGAGACUUCGAUGCCGGCACCUCUCAGCCACGCUGCCUGUCAAUUGCGUCAUCCAGUGGACAACAUCAUCCAACCUUUGAGCAACUGGAUCCAGGUCUCUUAAUUUCACUGAGAAAGUAAAUGGCGAUUUAAAAAUUCAACUCAACACUAGAAAGAAAAGUAGUGAUAAGAGGGGUUCAGAUUGACAGUUCUGACUGCAUACUAUUUAUGUACACUCUUUUGUAUGUAUAUAAAAAUGUUUUUCUUCCGGCCUUGGCUGAACAUUCUUCUUUUUCUGCCUAUUUUAUGCUGAGAAUAUUCUUGUAUUAUUCUUAAAUUAUAGCUUAUAUGACAAUUCCGUUUUAGAAUAUAAUUGGGGUAUCAACCAUUGUUAGCGCAGGUUUCUUCGUUUUUGGUUGGCUAGUUUUGCCGUUUAGAGAAAGGAUUAAGUUAAAAAUAUAUUAUUUUAUUGUAUUUAUAGAUUUUCAAGUCACAAAAUUAUAUCAUUUUCUGUGAAAAUCUCAGCCUGGGGUUUAUUUUUAAGAUAUUCUUUAAGGUUCGCAAAUUUCGACCUCGAUUCGAAUAUGUUCUUAUCAAAAGAGUGUAGCAGACUAAAUUUAAUUAGAGUGUCUAUUUUAUUUUCAACAUAGGAUAUAACCGAUUAUAGCUAAGUUUUAUACUACCGUUAUUCGCUCUCCCGGUCUUUGACGGGUGUUACAGGAGUAAUGAAAACAAAGAUUAGUUUUAUAUAGAAACUGAAAUCAGAGCAAAAGUGGGAAGCGGGUCGCUGGGUUUGUUUAUUUCCUGUACUGAACAAAGUCUCUUCCACAGUAAUGUGCAUGAUAAAUUAUAUUCAAUCAUCGUGAAAUUUAGUCAUUUCACUGGUGGUGUCUUUUACCUUCUUCAGGAGGUAGUCGACCAAUUUGGACGUUUUCCCCAAAGAAACAAAGUUCUGGGCAGAGAGAACACGCCCGAAGAGGAAGAUUGGCUGAAUAACAUGCCGGAUCGUUUCAAAUGGUGA